AUGACUAUGAUCAUGGUCGCAACGGCGCUCACGAUCAUCAUCGUCGUGGCCACGGUCAACAUCAUGCUGGGGCUCUCUCGAGAGAGAAACAAUGCCGAGCUGUGGCUAGGCUACAGCCCCGAGCAGAUCAUGCGGCUCUGGUCUACAAAUGGCCAUCAGAGCGGAAAGCAUCUGCAUGAUGUGCCCAUGGGCACGGAGGAGUACAGGAUGGUCAAUGCCGCUUUUAAGGCACUGCCGAUAGAGCAGCAGGCCUACAUCCUCUCGCCUCCAGAGACCUGGGCACCCGUGCGAGCUUUGCGGAUCCAGCGCGUGGAAAAUGGUCCACAGGGCGAUGCCUCCUGGAAACCCUACUACAAGUCGCUCCUGCGGUCUUUGGAAGACCAGGGGGUUGAGUUCGAGCCCGGCACCCACACGUGUUGGGCCUUUCACGGCUGUAACAACGAGGCCUUGGAGUCGAUCGUGAACAACCCAGUGUGUGGUUUCCAGCCCUUGGCUUCAGGAACUCGCAGCACAACGCUGUGGGGAUCUGGGACAUACUUCGCCCGGGACGCCAAGUACGUGGCCGACGGGGGCUUCUGCGGUGCCCCCAACGCAGAUGGCACGCGCAGGAUGCUCAUGUGCCUACUCAUCAUGGGCAUCUCUUGCCUCGGUGAUCCGGCGCACAAGGGCGUCCUCCCCUUCAGGCACAAGCCGCCGCAUCGCUACAACAGCUCCGUGGACUGCUUGGCGAGCCCCGAGGUCAUGGUGAUCCAGCAGUCGGGUGCCGCCAUGCCGGCUUACGUCAUCACUUUUGCCUGA